AUGGUGAAGCGAUUUCAAGACGUUAUUGUACUGAAUAUUCCAAAUUGGUACAGCAAUCCGUUUGAGGUCGAUGCAAUCGAUUGCGAGGAUGACGUUCAGGAGGAAUUGAUAGGAUUACAAAAUGACAAUGACGCCACAAUGCGAUAUCACCGUAAUGGCAAAGAAGGUUUGUGGUACCAUCAAAGUAUAUUGAAUUCCUACCCCAGUCUGUGGAAACAUCUGAAAUUACUUUUGCUUGCCUUCCCUACCUCAUACCUGGUUGAAUCUGGUUUUAACCAUGUUGGAACUUUACUUUCUCAUCAAAGAAUUGGACAGGAUGUGACACAACAAGGAGACUUGCGGCUAAAGUUGGCAAGUUUGAAACAGAAUGUAUCUGCACUGGCUGCAUUGCACCAGACACAUAGUUCUCAUUAA